AUGACCGCCAACUUACGUUCUUCAGACGUUUGGCUGAGCUCCAUGAGGUGGCCCAGGCCACCGGUGUCAGCCCCUCAUCACACCAGACUAUCCCCGUACCUUCCCGCAUCAUCAUACCAGACUCUCCACAAGAUUUUGUCAUUAUAUCAACCCCGUCCACAUGCCUCAUCCAUAAUACCAGACUCUCAUUAUGCUUGUUCCAUCAAACCAGACUAUUCCUAUGCCUUUUCCAUCAUACCAGACUAUUCCUAUGCCUUUUCCAUCAUACCAGACUAUUCCUAUGCCUUUUCCAUCAUACCAGACUAUUCCUAUGCCUUUUCCAUCAUACCAGACUAUUCCUAUGCCUUUUCCAUCAUACCAGACUAUUCCUAUGCCUUUUCCAUCAUACCAGACUAUUCCUAUGCCUUUUCCAUCAUACCAGACUAUUCUAUGCCUUUUCCAUCAUACCAGACUAUUCCUAUGCCUUUUCCAUCAUACCAGACUAUUCCUAUGCCUUUUCCAUCAUACCAGACUAUGCCUAUGCCUUUUCCAUCAUACCAGACUAUUCCUAUGCCUUUUCCAUCAUACCAGACUAUUCCUAUGCCUUUUUCAUCAUACCAGACUAUUUCUAUGCCUUUUCCAUCAUACCAGACUAUUCUUAUGCCUUUUCCAUCAUACCAGACUAUUCCUAUGCCUUUUCCAUCAUACCAGACUAUUCCUAUGCCUUUUCCAUCAUACCAGACUAUUCCUAUGACUAUUCCUAUGCCUUUUCCAUCAUACCAGACUAUUCUAUGCCUUUCCAUCAUACCAGACUAUUCCUAUGCCUUUUCCAUCAUACCAGACUAUUCCUAUGCCUUUUCCAUCAUACCAGACUAUUCCUAUGCCUUUUCCAUCAUACCAGACUAUUCCUAUGCCUUUUCCAUCAUACCAGACUAUUCCUAUGCCUUUUCCAUCAUACCAGACUAUUCCUAUGCCUUUUCCAUCAUACCAGACUAUUCCUAUGCCUUUUCCAUCAUACCAGACUAUUCCUAUGCCUUUUCCAUCAUACCAGACUAUUCUUAUGCCUUUUCCAUCAUACCAGACUAUUCCUAUGCCUUUUCCAUCAUACCAGACUAUUCCUAUGCCUUUUCCAUCAUACCAGACUAUUCUUAUGCCUUUUCCAUCAUACCAGACUAUUCCUAUGCCUUUUCCAUCAUACCAGACUAUUCCUAUGCCUUUUCCAUCAUACCAGACUAUUCUUAUGCCUUUUCCAUCAUACCAGACUAUUCCUAUGCCUUUUCCAUCAUACCAGACUAUUCCUAUGCCUUUUCCAUCAUACCAGACUAUUCCUAUGCCUUUUCCAUGAAACCAGACUAUUCCUAG